CAAUACGAGCCUGAAUGUAUCCAAGACAAAGGCAUCUACAUCAUUCAGUGCAAGCACAUCAAAGACUCCAAGCAAAUGCAGUGUCACAGGGGAAUCUGUUAGAACAAAGAAAACGCCUGGAAAAACACCUAAGAAAUCACCAAGCUCCUGUUCCACCUCAGCAGCACUAUCAAAGACUCCAAAUGGUGGUGAUCGAUUCAUUCCUGAUAGAAGUUCAACAAAUUUUGAACUUGGGCAUUAUUUGGUAAACCAAGAACAGCCACCAGAUGAUGAAUUAAAAAGCCCUACACAGAAAGAAAUUGAGCGCAUCAUGUCAGAGAAUCUUCAUGGAGGAGAUAUUAAAAACAUGAGAAUUCUCUCCUAUAGGAACAAAGCACCAGGAGCACCUGAUGGAUUUUUGAAUCCUUUGAAAGUUGUGUACAGCCACUCCAAGGCACCAGCAUCAGUGAAGCGUAUUUCUCGGUAUAUUCCCCAAACCCCUGACAGAAUUCUUGAUGCACCUGACAUUAUGGAUGACUACUAUCUUAACUUAAUUGACUGGAGUCCUAACAAUAUUCUGGCAGUGGCUCUUGGUGCCAAUAUGUACCUUUGGAAUGCUGGCACUGGUAAAAUCCAACAGUUGCUUACUCUGGAAGGAAGUGAUUAUGUGUGUUCUGUGAGUUGGAUACAGGAAGGCAGCUCUCUGGCAGUGGGAACAAGUAUGGGAGUCGUACAGUUGUGGGACUGCAGCAGUCUGAGACAAAUACGUGCCAUGGGAGGUCACUCAGCACGUGUUAGUUCCCUUUCGUGGAACUCCUACAUUUUGAGCAGUGGUUCUCGUAGUGGUCAGAUCAUUCAUCAUGAUGUUCGGCAAAGAGAUCACUGUGUGGCUGAGUUGUCUUGUCAUACACAAGAGGUUUGUGGACUGAAAUGGUCCCCAGAUGGCAGAUACCUAGCUAGUGGUGGCAAUGACAAUAUGCUGUACAUUUGGUCUGCUGUUGCAGGACAAGCCUAUUCAGAACCCCAACCUUUACACGCCCUCAGUUCACAUCAAGCAGCUGUGAAGGCAUUGGCAUGGUGCCCAUGGCAGCCUAACAUUUUGGCAAGUGGUGGUGGCACAGCUGACAGGUGUAUUCGCUUUUGGAACUGCAAUACCGGUUCUUGUUUUAAUGUCAUUGACACCAAAUCCCAGGUGUGUGCACUUCAGUGGUCAACUACAUACAAGGAGUUCAUCUCAGGGCAUGGUUAUGCAAAUAAUCAACUAGUUAUCUGGAAAUACCCAUCAAUGACAAAGGUAACUGAGUUAACUGGACACACAGCGCGAGUCUUACAUCUUGCCAUGUCUCCUGAUGGAACCACAGUUUUAUCUGCUGGCGCAGACGAGACUUUGAGACUGUGGAAAUGCUUUGCUCCUGAUCCUGUCAAGAAGAAGAAAGAAACAACAGACUCUAAGGCUACAAUCAGCUUAUUUCAUGGAAUUCGAUAAUAAAAUUUGGAAACAAAAACUGUAAAAAAAGGAACUGAUAUUCAAUGAACAAUUGAAGUAAAACUUACUUUUUAAUAUUUAAUGCAGUUAUGCUUCUUGAAGGGUUUAUAUAACCAGUACUUCACACUUCACAAAAGAGAACCAAUUGUUCGUCGAAUGUCCAUACUUUUAUCUUACAGUUUUUGUUCCCAAAUUACACAGGAGAUUUGUGAUGUUUUUCUAAUAUUGACACUUAUUUUAAUGCACCAUACUUUCGGCAUCAAUUUUAAUAUUUCACAUCAAGUUUUAUUUUAUCUUACAAAUUUAUUAGUUGUUAGUGCCAGGAAGGUUAUACUAAAAGCAUGGAAGUUCAGAAAGUGCAAACCAUUGAACUAUUCUUUUGUUAAUAAAGAUAGGACUUUAACAGAGGGCAAUUAUCAGAGAAGAAGUUUGGUGUUCAUUCUGAGGUACAUUUUACACGCAUGUUUUGUGAGGUGGAUCUACUCACAAGUUCAGGUGAUAGUUGUCAGACAGAUUAUGCCUUUUAUUGUAAACUUAAUUCUCAUUUAAUAUUCUUUUGUUGCAUGUGGAAUGAUAUCAGAGCAGAUCCAUACAAUUUGAUGAUUAUUGAUGGAUCUGCUCCGAUAUCACACUCUCUGACAUAGUGGGUAUGGGUUACCCUUUGUAGAAUCAACCUGUGUCUUAAUGCCCAUAUUACUGUUUGUUAUCAAGUGCCCAUAUUUUGAGACACAUACUUUUUCUGAUUAAAUUUUCAUGUACACUGAUUUGUGCUUUGACUGCUGCUUCCAGAUUUGCAAUAGUGAAAAUAACUGUUCUGAAAAUCUUCCCAUGAAAUCAUUUAAGUGUAGCUGUAUGCUCUGUGACUACUGAUAAAUGAUAAAGUUAUCAGCUCUAUCAAUCAUAUGAAAAGGAAAUAUGAAAUAAAUAUACUUAUAGAAACACUG